AAGAGACUGCAGCACAGUGGACAGUGGCUCCUGCAGCUGAGCUACAGUGAGCGCACACACUGGACUCAGGGUUCUCUGCAGGUCUGAAAGCUACUGACCCGUGCUCCUCCGUGAUUGGCCAGCACACACCGAGAAGGAGGGGCAGGGCCCUGGAGAGAGUGUGAGUCCUGCUGAACUGUCAGAAACCUGCUGCUUUCCACAGAGGAAGGAGGGGUUGGUUCAUGGGAAGAGACUGCAGCACAGUGGACAGUGGCUCCUGCAGCUGAGCUACAGUGAGCGCACACACUGGACUCGGGGUUCUCUGUGACUUAUUUCUUUAAUCACGAUCAUGGGUCAGUCAUUCUCUUCUACAUCUGAGAAUGAAGACCGUGGAGACUUGGAAUCCAGUUUUACUGCAUAUUUUAAUAAUAUUGAAAUAGAAAAUAAAAUCAUUCCUCCAGAAAUCAUCCGUUCUAUAAAAAGGUCUCUGAAAAAAGGACAUGUUCAGCAGGCACAUUAUAGAAUCAUUGGUGGAUUAGGACAUAUUAAUUAUGCCCCAAUAAACAUUGCUGUGACAGGAGAGUCUGGAGCAGGGAAGUCCAGCUUCAUCAAUGCCCUGAGGGGAGUUGGACCUGAAGAGGAAGGUGCAACUCAAGUUGGGAUAGCAGAGACUGCUAUGAGGAGAACUCCAUACAAGCACCCCAAAAUUGAAACGUUGACUUUUUGGGAGCUGCCUGGCAUUGGAACUAUGAACAUUCCACCAAAAUAUUAUCUGGAGAAAGUGAAAUUCCAAGAGUAUGACUUCUUCGUGAUUCUUUCUGCCACACGCUUUAAACUACUUGAACUAGACCUUGCCCAAGCAAUCAGAUUGAAGGGAAAGAAUUGCUACUUUGUAAGAACCAAGGUGGACAGAGAAAAGACCUUGCAACUGAUCAGAAGCUACUGUGUGAACACAUUCAUUCAGAAUAACAUGGAUGUUCCACAGAUUUUCUUGAUUUCUAACCAUGAUCUAUUAGACUAUAAUUUUCCAGUCCUGAUUGACACCCUGAUAAAAGAUCUUCCUGCUCAAAAGCGCCACAACUUUAUACUUUCCUUGCCUAAUAAUACUGAGGCUGUCGUUGACAGAAAGCAUAAAUCUAUGCAGCAGUUUAUCUUGUUGAAAGCCUGCCAGGCUGGAAUUUUGGCUACUGUUCCUACAGUGGACAUCCUUAGCCUUUCUGAUGUGGAUGAGUUGGAGGAGUUGAAGGUGAAGUUAAACCACUACCAAGUCCUCUUUGGACUGGAUGAUGAAUCCCUGGAAGUCAUGGCUAAGGAUUCCCAAGUGCCUGUUGAACAACUGAAAAAAAUCAUUAAGUCUCCUUAUUUGUUAGAAACUAAGAAAGAAGAAACAUUGGGAGAAAUGUUUUUGAAAUAUGUAGAGAAAUUUGCUUCGGCUAAUGGUGGGCCUCUUGCUACAGGGCUUUACUUUGAGAAAACCUUUUACUUAAAACUUUAUUUCCUUGACACAGUGACUGAAGAUGCCAAAGUUCUCCUUAGAGAGACAUAUUCAAAAAACUAGUUCAAACUCAGCUCAUGCACAGCGACUGACCAUAACAAAAUCACAAGAUCAAUGGUUAAUACCAUGGAGUCAUUAGAUAAAUACCCCCUCUUAUAUUUUUUCUUUCCACUAACCAAUCCACUAUCAACCAUGAGAAACCUAAGGAUAAGGGCCAUGUGUGUUAAUAUGUCAGAAUCUGGCAAUCCCCAGCUUCAACUCUCUCCUUUCCUUUCUGUCUUUCAACUCUGGUGCGGAAGAGUUGUCUGUAUUCUGUCAAUCAUGUUUUAAAUAAACACUGAUUGGCCAGUAGCCAGGCAGGGAGUAUAGGCAAGACAA